AUGCAAGAGCUGCCUGAAGACCUCUGGCCGCCGUACAAGACGUGGCCCAAGCUCGCCUUCCCCAGGAAUAUCACCAGUUUGGAUACACCCUGGGUCGCUUCGCCGGCUCCAAAUCAGCCCGCCACGAUCCAGCUCCCAGAGCUAUUGAAAGAACAGUCGGCGACGAUCAAGCAGCCGGAGCGAGCCCGCGGGUGGGCGCGAUUAAAGAGGCUUGUUCGAAGGAGGUCUGGCGGGGCCAAUGGUACAGAAGCGCUCCCCCGAGAGUUCCCGAAACUUACUAGUACUCCCGCCAAUGUUACACCGGGACCUCAACUGUUUUUGCGGAGCGCUGACAUCGGGGAGCCUCCUACGGCUGCUGACUGGCGAGCGUUUGCGGCGUAUUCACGACCAAGUGUCAAUGGUGUGGACGUCCACAACACGUUUACUGAUAGUCCCACUCCCUAUCGCGAACUGGACCCGGAAGAGGUGGACGUGCAAGAAGUAUUCGACAGUCUUCGUAGUCCCCGCGGUGGGGUAUACCCUGAGCGCUGGGUUCGCGGCAUCAAACACCCCGCACUACCGCCCAAGCCGACGUGGCAUGUCCCGCUCCAUGGCGAACCUCUCCCAUUUCCUUGGGAACUCCAUCUCAACCCCUUCCUCCAUGCCGCCGUCACCGGUCCGGCGCCAAUUUUCUGGAAUAUCCGCCAAGGCGCUGAUGCCAGUGUGUUAUAUGGAGGGCCCGACGAUGCCGCAUUUCCGCUCUCCGCUCAGGACCUGGCGCAGCCAGCGACUUUUCCCCUUGUCACACACAUGUAUGUCAGCGGCCUUGGCCUCGCCGCAGCUCGUCUCCCGUGGAAGUUUUUUGUGAUAAAUAUGAGCGGCAUACGCAUACGCGACAUAUUCAACGCCAUAACCGCCAACUUCCUCGAGUUGGUCUUUCCACGAGAAGUCCAGAAAUGGAGCAGGCAAACACAAGCACAUGCGCGACUGGAGUUCCGGCUGCGUGGCGGGCACCUGAAGAACGACGGGCUGCGGAGGAUGGACUAUCUCAGCGGGCAGCUGUUUUUCCGUGGGCUGGCACCGAACCCCGACUUGACGGGAUGGAUGCUGUUUGUUGGACCGCAGUGGUAG